UCCGUCAUGGCCGAGUGAUAUGUUGACGAACUGUCAAUUUUGUGAAAUUCUUUUAUUUUCGCUAUGACCAGUUAUUUGUGAGUUGUAAUUUUGUAAUGGCCAGUGUCCAAUAGUUUUCUUGUGGUUAAUUACACGUUUUCAACAUGAACGGGUUAAGUUUCAGUGAACUAUGUUGCCUAUUUUGUUGUCCGCCAUGCCCGGGGAAAAUUGCGGCUAAGUUAGCGUUCCUGCCUCCUGAACCCACGUAUGCAUUCACACCCGACGAAACGGGAUCCAAGUUUUCGCUGACCCUCACCGAAAGAGCAGAAUGGCAGUAUUCCGAAAGGGAAAAAGAGAACAUCGAGGGUUUCUACUCCAGAACAUCGAGAGGCAACAGAAUCGCUUGUCUCUUUGUUCGUUGCAGCCCUAACGCUCGCUUUACGAUAUUGUUUUCUCAUGGAAAUGCCGUAGAUCUCGGACAAAUGAGUAGUUUUUACUUAGGUUUAGGAACUAGGAUAAACUGUAAUAUAUUCAGCUAUGAUUACUCUGGCUAUGGUGUAAGUGGUGGAAAGCCAUCAGAAAAGAAUUUAUACGCGGAUAUAGACGCUGCCUGGCAAGCGUUACGCACUCGUUAUGGCAUCAGCCCAGAGAAUAUAAUCCUGUAUGGACAGAGCAUUGGAACAGUUCCCACUGUGGACCUGGCUGCUCGGUAUGAAGUGGGUGCUGUGGUGCUGCACUCUCCUCUAAUGUCUGGCAUGAGAGUCGCGUUUCCCAACACCAAGAGGACAUGGUUCUUCGAUGCCUUUCCAAGUAUUGACAAAAUUCCCAAAGUGACCUCUCCAGUCCUUGUUAUUCAUGGCACUGAAGAUGAGGUGAUUGACUUCUCACAUGGACUAGCAAUAUACGAACGCUGUCCGCGCGCUGUGGAGCCCUUAUGGGUAGAGGGUGCCGGACAUAAUGAUGUCGAACUCUUUAACCAAUACCUAGAAAGGCUGAAGCGAUUUGUUUCAGUAGAAUUGCUCAACUGACAAAGACUGCCGGCCACUGGCCAGACUACUCAAGGUGACGACCAAAACCCUGCUUCGACAUUGAGUUCUGGCACUUCAAGUUCAGCAACAGAAAGACUCCUCUAGCUAGCGGGGGCCGGGCCCAGCCGGGCCGGCCCCAACAAAAAUUCUGCUAAUACGAACAGUUCUGUCAGCCCACGUAAUUUUAAAGAGAACGAUAAGUGUGUAGACAAUAAUGAUGUCGGAUCUAAAGAUAAUAAAAGUCCGAAGCCCGUCGCUCAUAACAUCAGCAUCAACGUUACCGAUACGGAUUCCCCAGUGGGCGUCCGGCGUCGUAUACACCUACGAUCACUGAGUGACGUGACUCCCGCCAGCCGCGCGCACGUGCCGCGCGCUCGCUCGCACUCCGAGCGGCCCACAGUCGAACCUGCGCCUUCGCCCUCGCAUCUCCCCAUUGCUGUGGUGCCGCGCGCCGUGCGCAGCGAGCGCUCCUCGCCCGACGCCUCGCUGCACGGCCUAGAUCGCCGCGACACCGACGACACGGCACAGGCGCGGCCGCGUCUCCGAGACCGCGGGAUGAGCGAAGCUGCAACCCUGUCGGGAAACCCUUGGCGGAAGAUGAGCGAAAUCGACCUCGAAAGUGCCUCCGGGCGCUCUAAAUCCGCUCGCCAAUCCCUCGAUCCUUGGGUAAAAAAUCCGACGGCUCGAUCCGCUACGGAAACUCAUCGCGACCGCAACGCGACAAGAGAGGAGGGCUGCGAGCCGAGCGGCGAAUCGGAAACACGACGCGAGAGCGCGACUUUCAAACGCGGGAAGCUGGAGCGGCGGGCGGCCGUGGGGUGCGAGACGUGCGGCCUCGAGAGCUGCGAGUGCCGGCGGGCGGCGCGGGCGGCGCGCGCGGCGGGCGGCUCGCUGGGCGCGCAGUGCACGUGCGAGGCGCGCUCGCCGCGCCCGUCGCCGGCCCGCCUCGCGCCGCGACCCUCGCCCCGGGCUCUCUCGGAUGACGAUGAUCGCCCGCGUCGCCCCUAUAAGUCCGCUUCCCAAAAAAUUAUAUGUUCCUCAGUGGAUAUAGAUGGCGUAAAAAAGGUAGCAGAUCCGCUGCUAGAGACUACGUGUUGAAGUUGCCGCGGUCUCGAUUGGAGCUAAACGGGACGAUUAGAAAUAUAGAUAAAGUUUCGUGUCGUCCGGUCGACCGUUGGACGGGAUGACGAUUUAUAACCUGUGUAUGAUUGUGUGUUGUCCCUUUUGAUGUACGAGUAUUAUUAUUGUGAAUUUUGUAUCCCUUUAGUAAUAAGGUUUCAAAAUUAUAAUUGUAUCAUAUUCAAUUAUUGUAAAGGGAUAUGUAUGUAAUAUUAUGAUGAUGGAGCAUGAUCGUAAAAGGUUUUGCAUUGUAAUUAUAUUUUACUUCAGGAGGUUGUGCAUAAAUACGAAUGUCGAGUUAGGUAUUAUUAUUUCCAUUGUAAUGAUAACAUAUAUCUAAACAUUAUUAUAUUUAAACCCGGAUUAUAUUUUAAAAGAUUCUGUUUUACAUAUUACACAUUGUUAUGAAUUUACGCACAAUUUAAUAAUGUGAAAUCAUUCAGUUGUACUAGUAACCUGAAAUUGCUGUUUUUCAAAAUUAUCUUCCAGGCAUUGUACAUAUAUAGUUAGAGUCGUAAAAAUAUAAUGCUAUGAAAUUAUCACAAAUUAUAGCUGUUACCAUAAUCAGAUAUAAAUAAAUGGUAUGAACGAAGUAAGUGAAUAGCACCCUAUAACAUUCCAUUAGGAAAGAGCCCCUGUUAUGUAAUAUUGAAUUACGUCCAGUUGUAUAAAAACAAAACCUUCAAAAUCUCAUUGUGGCUCCUAAUCUCUAUUUUCAUUACUGUAGUUCGAAACAAUUUGACUGUCAGUGUAUUAAGGGCCGUACAAACAGGAGGAAGCAAUUUAGGUCACAAGAGGUAGCUUUUCAAGAGGCGGAUAAAAAUUUGUCCGAUAGAUAAAUCGCAAAACUUCAUACUCUUGUGUUUUUUAUUUUUUGGAUUGCUUCCCUCUGUAUGGGCGAGAAUUAUGUGAGCACUGUGCCUAUACUUAAAUUCAAUGGGUACCUACUAACGCGUUGCGCUAUGCAUUGGUUAUGUAAUAUUUAAAAAUAUUCUUGAAAUCAAAAUAUGAACCUUUGUUUCGAUAAUGUUGCUAGUCUUUUGUCUUCCUGUAAUUUAUAUAUAAAAGGCUACCGCAACGCAACAAUUUAGCGGUCGUCCCCGUUCUUGAAUAUAAUUUUUCAACCUUUUUGGGAGCAGUGGGAAGAUGGUAGUGGAUUAUAUUUAUUUGAAUCAAAAAUAUAAAAAUGCUUCAAAAUUCUUCUUGGGUAUCUUCCGAUGGUGAUUAAAUAAUAUAGUAGACUGAUAAACAGAAAAAUAAAAAUUGUAUUGAGACUACUAAGACAGAUAUUAACAGAGUCGCUGCGAUAUUUGAAAUCCCAAAGGCCACUAAGUCCCUCUGCCACUAUUCCGCGCUACUGCCUCCCGUGUGUCUUGCCCCUGUCUCCUGGCUGGAAAGCCUGAAGAUGGAGGCGAACGUCAUGAUUCUAUCUAUAUCCUCAGUUUCCAACAACUCAACUAAGGGCUUGCAUGUGUUACACUAUCAAGAUUACAACAAAUAUCAUGCAACUGUAAAAGCGGUAGCCUUAUGCUCAAAAUUAAAUUAAACCACAUAAACUUUGUGUAAUGUUGUGCUACGUACAUUGUUUUUUUUUUCUAAUAUUCAAUUACGAGUACAUUUUUUCCAGACUUAUUCUGCUGAAAUGUAAGGAUGUCGCUGCUAAAUGUGGUUAAAAGCUGUUUAAUUAAACAGCUAGCAUUAUAGUAAAAUCAUUAGAGCAAUCAUAGCUUUCAACACAACAGCUGACUGAAAAUUCGCUAUCAUAUUGCAUUAGUAUAUUUUAACGGGUUCAUUAUUUUACAGCUAUUUUAACCACACAGCUGCGACAUAGAUAUUGUUACAAAUAAUUAUAUCUAUUGUACCUCUGUUUGUUUGUUUCGUAUUUAUGCAAUAAUGUAACAAACAUGUUAUUCACUGUAUUUAUGAAAAUAUACCUACUACAUACCUUCAUAAAAUUAUUAACGUGUUAUCUUGCUGGAACUGAGAAAUAAAACAAAAAUUGACUUUUCAA